CGUCCUCCGUGUUUUGCUUAUCAGCUGAGUUGACAAGUGAAAAUUUGGGAGUAAAAUUUCUAAAUUACUUUGAAAAUUGUAAAAAUAUCACGCAAAUUUAGAGUUUUUAAUCGUAAGCAGUUACUUAUAAACAGAGUGAAUUAAUAAUUGAACAAACAAACAUGUUUCGCUCGUCAAAUUUCGACAAAAGUUUGGAGAAUGCCACCAGCCACCUUCAGCUGGAACCGGAUUGGCAGUCAAUCAUGGUGAUCUGCGACGCAAUCCGGCAGACCGAUGUUUCGGCCAAGUACGCGGUCCAGGCGAUCAAGAAGAAGCUCUUUUCGCCGAACCCGCACACGGCCCAGUACGCGCUGCUGGUGCUCGAGAGCGUGGUCAAGAACUGCGGCGCUCCGGUGCACGAUGAAAUCUCCAACAAGGCCAACUGCGAGAUGUUCCAGCAGCUGGUCAACAACACCCCGCACGAGGAGGUCCGCGCCAAGAUGCUGGAGCUGAUCCAGGCGUGGGCGUGUGCGUUCCGUUCGGUGUUCAAGUACCGUUCGAUUCGGGAUACUAUGAACAUUCUGAAAAGCGAAGGCCACAAGUUCCCGGAGUUGAAGGAAGCCGACGCCAUGUUCACCUCGGAGAACGCCCCGGACUGGGCCGACGGCGAGGUGUGCCACCGAUGCCGGGUCGGGUUUUCGUUCACCCAGCGCAAGCACCACUGCCGCAACUGUGGCCAGGUGUUCUGCCAGCAGUGCUCGUCCAAGAACAGCACGCUGCCCAAGUUCGGCAUCGAGAAGGAGGUGCGCGUUUGUGAGGGCUGUUACACCCAGCUGCAGCGUCCGGUGGGAACGCUGCAGAAGAAGCCAACCGAAGAGGAAGAUCUGCCGGCGGAAUAUCUGAGCAGUUCGCUGGCCCAGCAGACGCAGGCACCGGUGGCGCGGAAAACCGAGGAGGAACUCAGGGAGGAGGAAGAGUUGCAGCUGGCGCUGGCGUUGAGCCAAUCCGAGGCGGAAACGAAGAAGAACUCGACGGUGGCGCGCCGUCCGACGUUCCACAAGUCGCCGAGCCCGGAACCGGUCAAGGUGCAGCGCAGUCCGAGCCCGGUUGAGGAAACACCGGCGGAUCCCGAGUUGGCACGCUAUCUGAACCGUAACUAUUGGGAGCAACGCCAGCUGGCGGAUUCUCCGGCAUCGCCGUCGGCCCCGAGUCCAAUGCCGAGUCCGAUGCCGCUGCAGAACAACAGUUUAGUGAUUCCGAAGAUUGGCGACGACGUUGAGAUAAAUGAGUUUUCCAACUCGAUGAAGACUCAGGUGGAGAUCUUCGUCAACCGGAUGAAGUCCAACUCGAGCCGUGGUCGGAGCAUUUCGACGGACAGCUCCGUUCAGACGUUGUUCAUGAACUUGACUUCGCUGCACUCGCGGCUGUUGACCUUCAUCAAGGAUAUGGACGACAAGCGCAUGUGGUACGAACAGUUGCAGGAUAAGUUGACUCAGAUUAAGGACUCACGCGCUGCGUUGGACGUUUUGCGUCAGGAGCAUCAGGAUAAGUUGCGUCGCAUUGCGGAAGAGCAGGAACGUCAGAAGCAGCUCCAGAUGGCCCAAAAGCUGGAAAUUAUGCGCAAGAAGAAGCAAGAGUACCUUCAAUAUCAACGCCAACUCGCACUUCAACGCAUUCAAGAGCAAGAGCGUGAAAUGCAAAUGCGUCAGGAGCAGCAAAAGGCCCAAUAUCGCAUGGGAACCGCCUUCCCGUUCAUGUCCCCGCCGGCCCCAGGCCAAGGACCGCAAGGAUCACCGGUUCACUAUCCCGGCUACGGCUAUCAACAAAUUCCCCCGACAGGAACUCUUCCCCACUACGGACCACCUGGACCGGGACAACCCGGCAUGCCACCCCAAAUGGGCCAACAGCUGUUCUCACCACAGCACGGACCUCAGCCGCCGUACAUGCCACCGGGAAUGCCACAAGGCCCAGACAACGGACCCCAACAGCAACAACAAAUGGCCCCACCCGGAAUGAACAUGAUGCCCGGACAAAUGCCAAACGGUGUCCCCAUGCCACCAGGGGGUGUCCCCCCUCCCAUGAUGACCGGUCCGCCACAACAACCCCAACAACAGCAGCAGCCGCAAGGACCACCAUCCCAGGGUCUGCCCAUGAAUCCCGGAAUGCCACCGCAGCAGCUGGGACCGGAUCCGAACGUGGGCCAGCAGCAGCAGCCUCCGCAGAUUCACCAACAGCAGCAGCAGGUUCCACCGCAGCAGAUGCCGCAGCAACAACCCGUUGUACCGCCUCCGGUUCAAGUGGCUCCGCCACAAGUCGUUGCACCGGCGCCGGCAGUGGCAGUUGCACCUCCCGCUGCUGCGCCUGCGGCACCGUCGGCACCGGAACCGGCCACGGCUGAGCUGAUCAGCUUCGAUUGAGGUGGCUUGCAGAGCGGUGGAACAGAUAAGGCGAGUUUGCAGCUAGAUGCACGCAUACAUCUCCCAAUCGAAGUAUGAAAAACGAAUGUUCUAUUGUGUAUCGGAAAGAAAAUCGCACUAAAUAUAUGUAAAAAAAAACGUAAUUGCCGUAUAAAUGCUUAUUAUUCGCGUUAGAUAUUGCAACACGAUGAAAAGAGUUAUUUGAUUGGAUGCCACUUGAUUUGAUUGUGUUAUUUAAGAUUAUCAUAAACUUUGACAUUUUCAAAAAAAAAAAAAAAAAAAACACGAUCGGAUUGAUGGUUUAAAUUUAGUUUCAGUUGGAAAUUUUAAGAAAAAUGAUAAAUACUAUAG